AUGGUCGCGGCCACAAUACAGCGUAUGAAGGACUUCGUUAAGCAGCACCGUCAGCGCAGUCUCACGUACGACGAGAGGCUUGACAUUCUGUGGCUUCAAGCUACUCUGUGGGAAGACAACACUGUAGAUGUCGCUGGCACUAUAGCCCGGCUGCUUGGUCGAAUUCGAGACCUUGUGCAGACUUUUGUCCGCGAUAAAUCUGUCACUAGCACGCCCACUGUGGCGAAGGACGUUCUCGCCUUGCUGCGAGAUGCCCACGUGGUCACCGUUGCCGAUGGAGCCAAAGACCACGCCGCUUGUCUGCGCGCCGUUCAGCGCUUCUUGGACAAGCAAGGCAAAUUUGACUGA